AUGCAGGGAUCGUGGAGCCUCUUUACGAAGAGUUAUGGGAGCGUUAUACCGGGGUUCAACAUUUUUGUCCACCAAACCAUCGAUGCGUUUAAGACGUGGCGAACAAUCUACCGUCGGGGCCGCCGCUAUGGUCCGGAGGAUUAUGUGGAUCAGGCGGAGGUUUAUUCCCCGGACUACUGGAAGCGCGGCGUCUCUCAGGAGAAAAAUGUCUGGGUGGAUAUGCGGCUUAACGAGGAGGUCUCGCGGGAGGAGUUAUCGCGUUUGAUUCGGUAUAAAUUAGACGCCUGGCGCAUUGCCCACAUCUGUGCGGCGCCAUUUCUGAUUGGGGGAUACGCCCUGCCGCUGGCGCUGUUUUGGCUUUCGAACUACACGUGGAUGCCUUUUUCGUUUUGCCAGACGAAGGAGACGAAGAAAAUCUGGUAUGAGGCCCAGGACCUCUAUCGUUAUCGCAGCAUUCCGUCCUUUUUGGCCGAUACGAAGUGGUUUUUCGAUUUCCACGCCUUUCCUUUCAACCCUGUCCACGAGCGCGCCUGGGAGGAGCUUUUUGAAAAAAACAACGUCCAUCGCGACCCGAAGGUGGUGCGGCUGGCGGGGGAUAUGUACGAUAAGUUUAUUCGCUUUGAUAUGAUCCGGCGGAAGUCCCUACGCCACCUCGCGCGGAGUAUGAAUUUCCCGACCUUCCCCAUGCUCACACGAAUGUGCGGGAUGACUCGGAUUCGGGAUUAUUGGAAUUUAAUCUGGAAUGAGGACUACAUGGUGAUUUCCCGCGGCCUCCACAAGACGAUGUCGCAUGAGGCGCUUUACGAGUUCGCCUGGCGGCGAUUUCUCGCGCCCUACGACAAAAACCUUUCGCAGGAGCAGCUGAUGGAGCGGGUGGAGGACUACUUCGCGUUUUUGGGCCCGGACUUUAUGAAGAAGGGCCAAACCCCCAAUAUCAUCAUUUUGUCCAGUUAUGUGUUUGGGUACUACAACGACCCUGCCUAUCUCGUGGAAGAUAUCAGCGAGCUGGAGAGGAACGACUUUGAGUACAUGUCCGGCUUCGCCAAGGACGCCUUUAUGCGUCGUUUGGAGUUCGAAAACGGCCCACUUCGCGAUCAGGUCGAAGUGCACACACAGAAGAUUUUGGCCGAACGCGCCUCCGCGAAGGAAUCAAAGACGAAGGAAGUCGAAGCCUAA